UUCCAUUACGCACAUCCAGCUCCAGCUCGUCGGUGCUCAGCGCAACGGCGAUUAGGUUCUGUUUUUUUUUUUUUUUUUUUUCUACUAAUAAGCGAAAGGAUCUGGGUUAAAAUGAUGGAGUUUAUGGAGGAUAAGUUUGCCUUGAAAAACCAAACGAUGAAGGCCAGCGAUUACUACAUGGACCAGGUGAUGGAUCUGGACAGCGGGCAGUACUUCAGUAAGUCUGCGGCCAAAUGCGCGCAGGCCUUCGGGCUCCAGAGCGCCGAGCACCGGUCCUCCCCCUGCGGAGAGCAGAGCGGCAGUUUCGUGGUGCCUAAAGCAGAUGCUGAAGGCCUCCACUCGGACCUGGGCCGCUCCUUGGACAGCUGCUGCACUUUACGCGCGUCCCCGGUGAGCGCGACCCCGGACAAGACGGACCUGGAGGAUCUGGGGGGGGACAAGUGUGACAGUAGGUCCAGCAGCAAGAAGAGGAGACACCGGACCACGUUCACCAGCGCACAGCUGGAGGAGCUGGAGAGGUUCCAGAAAACCCACUACCCAGAUGUGUACGUGCGCGAGCAGCUGGCCAUGAGGACCGAGCUGACGGAGGCGCGAGUACAGGUUUGGUUUCAGAACAGAAGAGCCAAGUGGAGGAAAAGAGAGCGCUACGGACAGAUCCAACAGGCCAAAAGCCACUUCGCAACCACAUACGAUUUAUCGGUUUUACCCAGGACCGACAGCUACACACAGAUUCCCAAUAACCUGUGGGCGGGGCCUGCGCCCGGCAGCUCCAUGGUGUCGUCGUGCAUGCUGCCCCGCGGUUCGCCGCCAUGCGUCACCUCCUACUCCCACUCCCCCCGCUCCGCCGCCGGUGCCGCCGACCACGGCUACAUGAGCUUCCCCAACCAGCAGAACCAGUUCAGCCACGUCUCCCUCAACAACUUCUUCGGCGCCGACUCCCUCCUGACGCCGGGCGCCAACGGGCAUCACGCCUUCGAGACCAAACCCGAGUUCGAGAGGCGUUCGUCCAGCAUCGCCGUGCUCCGCAUGAAGGCCAAGGAGCACACGGCCAACAUCUCCUGGGCCAUGUGAUCACGGUCCAGCCUGGGACUUGGACCGGUCUGAGUCCUAUUUAAAGGAAAAGCUUCAGUCCAGACUGAGCUGCAUCUGCAGUGGCUUUACAGACUGUUGAACGCUCACGUACACGUACCUGCUGCUGGGACGGAACAGCCCUGUUCUACACCUGCUCUUUGAGUCAAACUCCAGCAGCUUUAGAUCAUCUCCACCUUCUGUACAGGAAAAACCUCAGACGUGUCCUAAUGCUCUGCCCUUUUACCUCAUUCAUUCAUUCAUUCAUUCAUUUGUUUGUUUAUUUCGAGCAU